CGACUCUCACCACGCCCUCUGCCACCACCACGUCCAAACAAUUUCAUUCUGUCACUGUUCCUGACUUUCUGUCUUUGCUCAAUACUCGACACUAUCUUCCAGAAAACACACGCCCGCCGUUGUCGCCCGUUCUCCUCGUCAUCUCUCUCAAUCUGCGCAUGUUGUCCCGCCAUCCCGAGAGUAGUGCCCCUCCUUAACGUGGAAGCAGAGAUCGAGAUACCGCACCGCCCACCCAUCGAAAAUUCUCACUCUCUCCUCGGCCAGAUUGACUUACCUAGUACCAACCAUCCGUGCCCUCCAACCACACGCUCCCUCGAAGCAUCGACUGCAGAACCAACCGCAGGCCAGAACCUCCUUCCUCUGCCACAACCGGCAUUUUAUACUCUACUGCUACUUGCUCGCAGCUCGUGGGUACCCUGCAGAUUCCCAAGACCACUUGCCUGUGCCGCUACCAACCACUGUUCACGCCCACCCACCUCUGACGUCCAAACUCGGCCCAGCUUCUAUUCCCUAACCCUCCUACCGGUCACCAUCAAAGGACAUUAGUUGUCCCUCGGUCACUUCCUUCUGCAAUUUUGGUAUACUUUGUUUCUUGCGGCCUUGACUUCACUCUCGACGGCCUCAGCCUUGGAUUCAGAUAUCCAUUCGUGUUGAUAGAUCUUCCCUCCAGCCCUAGCUGACGCCCGCGCAUACACGCGCUCCAUCUCCCGGACUUUUGUGUGUAUCCUUUUGCGGCAAACACAUCACAGAAACUCCCCGCACACUGCGACAUAGCCUUGCGCGAGAUCCUAGGGCAGGUACCUUGAUUCGAAUCACCGAGACGAGACCCGCCCUUUACGAUACAUGGCAACAUAGGAUCAGAUCCUAUACAACAGUCCUCUCCUCCAUAUCCGCUUUGUCAUAUACCACCUAAGAAGUGCUCGAGUUGGGAGCCUCGUAUGCAGUUCACUGUCCCUAGCGCCACUUUGCAGACCCGUCCAGGCCACUAGCGGAGGAAGCACAUCUCCGGGGCAUAGGAACAGCCAUUCGAAAGACUGCAAUUAAUGGCAGCACUGGUAGAGGAUAGUAUUCCCGCUUUUGGCGAGGGGCGCACUUCGUCACCAGACGCUAUGUCUGGCCAAACCGUGGAGAUCAAGCCUGCAAAUGGCAGCAAAGCCCCGUCGGUAAAUGGCUCGACCACAUCAAGUACCGUCCCAAGCACGACAUUCCCACCCCCGAAGACUGACAAACCUCGUCCGCACGUCUGUACCACUUGUACCCGCUCCUUUGCGCGCCUGGAACAUCUAAAACGACAUGAACGUUCCCAUACCAAGGAGAAACCGUUCGAGUGCCCAGAAUGUACCCGUUGUUUCGCCCGUCGCGACCUCUUAUUGCGCCAUCAACAGAAGCUUCACUCAACCACCACCCCUGCUUCACGUCCACGCGGUGGACGCCGUGAAAGUGCAGCCGGCGUUGCGACCGGCCGUGUCAGAAAGAACUCGACGGUAAGCAACACCACGCCCAUGCGCCCGAGAGCCAAUACCCUGAGUCACGUCGACACCGCCACCAUCGGCAUGCUUGCACAUUCAUCUGGGAGUUUCGGACGUCAAUACAUGUCCGGACACCACCAUCACAACAGCAUGAGCAUGCUUGGUGGACCACAGGGCUUUCAAUACCGAGGCAUGCCCUCUCAAUCUCAGGGCCCAAUGCCCAACCUCCCCAAGUUGGAUACGCAGACUACUUCGAUGGAUCUCUCCAGUGGUCUACGCACUGCUCCUCCAUACGGCGGCUUUGGUGCCGAAUUUGACAUGAGUAGCCUAGGCUUUGGCUCCGACCUCGACAGUACCAUCAACCCUCACGCUCUUCACAUGACCGGUUACAGCGGUAUGACGAUGGAUGCCACCUCAACAGCGUACCAGCAGAUGUUUCCAAGCAUGGCUUCGUCACAAGCAAUCGUGGACGACGAUGCAAGUUUCGACUGGAUCGCCCAAGGCUUCGAAAAUCAGAUGACCUUCUCUCAUGCCAAUGAGAAUGCAAUCGAUGAUUCGUCUCCGUCAGCAAUGAGCACCAACAGUCCGCCUGCUAUCCAAGACUUGCUGGGUGACAAUAACAUGUCCAUGGCACACAAUGGUAACAUGUGGUCACACUCGCUCAGUGGCCCAAGCCAGGCCAUCAAUAGCCCUGUCGGUAUGGACCUGAUAUCCAGCUUUAACGAGAUGGUCAAUGCUCCACUGGGGACGAUUUCCCCCAAAUCAUUACUGGGUCAAGGGGGUACAGUAGACAUGAAUUUGCAAAGCCCGGCUGAGAUGUCUGGCCUUGAUCAAGGCCCCAUGCAAUCCGGAUUACACUUUACAGGUUUCCAGCUUCCUCUAGGUCAGGAUGGUCCGGCGUCAACAACGUCCAACACUUCGCUGGACAGCAGUCUACGUCAGAGUUCCAUCACAACUGCCUCGUCGGAGUUGGUGAACGAUCACAUUCGCAAUGUUUUGAUCACUGGACUGGCUCAGAAUGCCGGCUUUGGUCAACGAAAAUAUUCCCAGCCCGCCAUCAGCUCACCGCUUUCCCCAGCUUCUGGGGCUCGCUCCAAAGGAUUCAGUCCCAGCACCUUUCCCAAUACGCAUGAUUUGCAACGCUACGUGUCUACGUACAUAAAGUAUUUUCACCCCCACCUUCCCUUCCUUCACAUUCCUACACUCAACUUUGGGUCUCCGGAGUACACCACCCCUAUCAGGCUCGUCUCAGGCCAAUCUCACAUGGGACACGCUACAGUCGCGGGCGGAGGUAGUUGUUUGAUCUUGUCCAUGGCUGCCAUCGGUGCCUUGUACGAGUACGAGCAAUCUCAGUCGAAGGAUCUGUUCGAUUGUGCGAAACGCCUCAUCAGCAGCUACCUAGAAGAACGGCGCAAGGCAAACAUGGCCAAGACGCAGUUUGCACCCCGGCAUUCCUCAGAGCGGGAGGACACGCCCCUAUGGUUGGUGCAAGCUAUGCUAUUGAAUGUGAUCUAUGGCCACAAUUGCGGGGACAAGACAGCUGCCGAGCUCGCCAGCAAUCACUGUGCAGCGCUAGUCAGCCUUGCCCGUGGUGCAGAGCUCGCACGACCGCCGCAAGGCUACGGCGGGUUCACCAACGAUGCUUUCAAUGGCAGCAUUCACAUGAAUGGCCUCACCAACGCCGGCUGGAAUUCGAUGACGAACGAGUUUGAUGACUCGGAUUGGCUCGAAUGGAAGGCAAUGGAGGAGCGCAAACGCACCUUGUAUGCGGUCUUCAUUCUCUCGAGCAUGCUGGUGACCGCGUACAACCAUCCUCCCGCAUUGACUAAUUCCGAAAUCCGUCUCAAUCUUCCUUGCCAUGAGGAGAUGUGGUCCGCAGAGUCGGCUCGUUCGUGGCGCGAGCUUGGCGGGGCAGCGCAAGCAGAAUCCAAUCAAACCACCUUUGCCGAAUCGCUGACCCAUCUUUUGAUGUCGGCUCCACGGCAGAAGCGCAGGAACAGCACUACCCCGAGUAUGGGUCCUCCGGGAGAAGGUGAGUUGCGGCCGAGCACGUUUGGUUGUUUGAUUCUUGUCAAUGCCUUGCACAAUUACAUAUGGGAGACUCGUCAACGGCAUUUGGGAAGGCAGUGGACCAGUGGCGAGACGGAACAAAUGCACGCCCACAUCGAACCAGCACUUCGAGCGUGGCAGGCAGCAUGGGCAAUGAAUCCAAGUCACAGUCUGGAGCGGCCUAAUCCAUUUGGAGCGGGACCCCUGUCAGCCGACUGUAUUCCCCUGCUGGAUCUCGCAUAUGUACGUCUGUUUGUGAACCUGGGAAGGUCAAAGGAAGCCUUCUGGCAACGGGACUACGACGCGAUGGCGGAAGAGCUCGCAAAGGGUCCGGACCGCAUCUCGGACCCGGAGCUCUCCGGCGCCAUGUCGGACAAUUCCCCCAGCCAUGGUCUGUCGAACCAGACGAAGGUUCAUGGCUCGCUGGAAGAACCGUCAGAGCGGAACCAGGCGGACUUUGUCGACACUUCAAGCCUCCAGCACUCGCCACCAUCUCGAAGAGAGCGCCAUCUUCGUAAGGCUGCGUUCUACGCAGCAGAUUCGCUGUCCAUGUCCGACAAACUUGGCCUCAGCUGGGCGGAAUAUUCCUCCCGCGAAUUCCCCACCCAGUCUGCCAUGUGUGUUUUCGACUGUGCACAGGUACUCGCAGAGUGGAUUGCAACUGUCCAGGAACGCGUAGGCAGAUAUCUCGGCAUUAUUGGCCGGGACGCCAUGGACUUGGUCGACAUGCCAGCCGGGCUACUUCUCGAGGAUGAGGACAGGGAUCUGAUUAGCAAGAUCGACGAAGUGCUUGGAAGUGCUGAACAGAAAAUCGAGACUCGCAGCGGCCUUGACUUUACCGCGGCCCGCGAAGGAGGACUGGGCAGCCGAAUUCUCAUGUUAACGGCGUACCUGCUCGAAAAGGACGCCGUCUGGCCAGUGUUCAAGAUCAUGGCCCAAUCUCUUGAGACGCAAGCGGGCCACAUUCGAGAGCGGGCGUUGCGCUCUGUGUGCAGUAUUUAGUGCUGUGGUGGCAGCACGAGACCCAGCCGGUUCGAGGCUUUUCCUGACUCGCCAUUUACAGGCAGUGUCUUCUGGGACGAGAUUUGCCGACGAUGAUUCGGCAACAGUACAUAAUCUUUGCGAGGACAUAGGAACGCGAUAUACCCCUUUACGAAGUUGUCAUGAAAGUUACUGGACUCGGUCAUGUUUAUGGGGCGUUGGUGAUCUAAAAGUACAAUUUUUCGGGGUCGAUUUGGCAAACUUGUAAUUUCUUGUUUAAUCAUGUAUCGAUGCUAAAUGCAGCGGACCUGGGACGGCAGAUGUCGAGGGCAUUACAUCUUGGGAGCAAGGAAGGAUUCACAUAAUGUUUUGGAUGCUCCAAGGGCUCAGCAUUUCUAGGGUGGCAAAGGUCAAGGAUUGCAUCAGCGCUGUUGCCUUGAUUGUUUCCAACCUGGGCCAAAAAGUUUGACCUUUGAGGAGGUUUGAGGUUGCCGACAGUCCUGGCCGAAUUGGCAACUCAUGAGGUUCAAAGGUUUGAUGGAGUGAAUGUGAUAUUGUACCAUACAAGACAGCUUCUCCUGUAG